AUGUUAUCUGAUGAUAAAGAUUUUCGUUUAAUGGCAACAUUAGAUUUAAUAUAUGAUUUACAAAAUGAACCAAUUAAAUUAGAUGAUGAUAUACAAAAUCAAGCUGUUAAAUGUCUUAGACCAUUAGUAUGUAAAAUAAAAGAAGAACAAAUUGAAAUUAUAUGUGAUACAUUAUGUUCAUAUUGUACAAAUAUGUCUCAAGAUGCUGAAAAAUUCCGUAAUAUACCAAAUACUGGUUUAAAAACCAUUAUCGCAUCAUUAGCAUCAACAAAUUCAGAAGCAACAAAUGAUAUAUCAAAAAAACUUAUGCAACGUUUAUUAACAGCUAUUCAACAAGCAUUUGGUGAAUACAGUCAAGUAAAAAUUAUGGAUAUUAUGAUUGAUAUGCUUUCAAGAUUUGGUACAAAUUUAUUAACAUCUCAUUCACAAUUAAAACAAAUUUUAUGA